GAGAGAGGAGUGUGUGUGAGAGAGAGAGCAGCAGCACCACCCAGUCACGCAGCACCGUGGUCGAAGGAGGGCCACACGCCAGACCCGCCCGCCUGCCGCUGCCUCCGCCUCUCGUCCGUGUGAGGGACAUACAAGCUAGACUCAGUGCGAGGACCAGAGACACAGGGGGAAAAGGAGAGGGAUACGAAGUGCUUGCGUCAUUAUCACUGCCGCCGCCAGCACCACUACCACCACAUACCCUCCUCACCGCCUUCUGCAGUAGAAUACGAGCAGAAAUACGUCGACUUGUGCAUUUCUACUACCAGCGGCGGCAUCUCAACUUUGAGGAGGCCGCCCACACUGGACGCUGCCCCGCCCCCUCGGCAGCUUGUGAGCGCCGCAAUGCGUGCUGAGGAUUGGCAAGGAGUGUGAGGGAGCGCGGGCCAUGGCGGAAGGGUGACGUCCGGACGGGCCACAUGGGGCAGGACGAGGGGCGGGCGGCGUCUGCAGGAGGGUGGUGAGAGGUGGCGCCCGGGCGGGACUGUGGCGGCGCGGGGCGGGGCAGCGAAAGGCGGGUGUAUCGGGUGGCGGGAGUGGCGGUAACCUGUGUUCUGGCGGCGUGGCGGGGCCGCUGAGUCCCGGCCUUCACUGCUGGUUGGGUGGUGCAUCAACAGCCUUGUUACCGCCACGUCGCGUUACGUGAGCGGUGCCUCGUUGUUUUGUUACAAGCGUGUUACUGUUUUUUUUUUUUUCUUCUUACGCGCGUGUUACUGUUCCGUUUGUUAAGGACAUGUUGCUGGUGUGGUAGCGAGUGUUGCUGUUUUGUUUGUUACACGUGAGUCACACCUCGUCAGGAGUGCCCACCGCCUUACCGCUCCCCACGUGCUCCCCCUCCACCAGUGCCUAGUCACCCCAAUCCCGCCCCAAGUACAACCCAGCAGCCCCACGCGAAUUCCUCCGCGGGCAGGAAUGGGGAGCGCUGGACGCGCAUGAAAGUUGUAAAAAAUAGAAAAGUUGUCAGUGAACCGAAGAUCAAGGAGCGUCCAUGUUGGUGCGGCGCCAGACUACAGACCAGUCACGGUGAUCCUGUGUGCCAAAAUGGGAAGUACAAUUAUUGGAAAGUAGGUACCCACAUGUAGCAGCACCACGGCGGGGGAACGGAAGCUACGAGGUGAGGCGGGCGCGGGCGCGGCGCCGCAGCCGGAGUUGAUGAUGAGCGCCAGGGACUUCCGCCGCCCCUACGCUCGCCAGCGCCGCGAGAGCGACGAGGGGGAGGAGGAAGGCUUCCUCUACUGCCUCAUGUACUACUUCGACGAGGCGCGGCGGGAGUCGGAGGACGGCAGCGAUCGGCGCGGGAGGAAGUCGAAAAAAUACCAUGAGGAGGAAGAGGAGGAGCAGCAGAGUAAGAAGAAGGACGAUGAUGAGGAUGAUGAGAUGCUCAACCCGCUGGUGUACAGGGAGUCGCGGCCCGGGCGCCCUAUGCGGGGUGGAAUGAUGCGCCGCGCCUACACGCCCGACCGGGAGGCCCUCAGCCGCUCCUCCGCCUCCACCUCCCACCGCUACCGCUCCCACUCCCAGCCUCCGGAGAUCAACCACAACAACCUCGCCAGACGUCACCGCAAGAAGAAGUAGCAGCCGUACACAGCGCACACAACCUUCCGCUGCCUUUUCCUUUGUCUCGUUCGCGUUGUCUUACUUCCCGAAGGCGGCCUUGUGACACCACGGGUUUCUUUUUGCCUUGCGAGCCAUUUUGUGGUGUUUUCCAACCGCGUGCUGUCUGCCUUUGUGAGCCCUGGCUAUUGAUUAUUUCUUCGCUUUGUGCCUCUUCUCCCCCAUCUUCAUUUCUUUCCUCUUACUCCUCCUCCUCCUCCUCCUCCUCUCCUGCUUACUGUCAUUCUUCAUGAUGUAUUCACUCUUUUUGUGUGACUUUCUCUCGCUCAGUAACAGACCUUAUUCCAUACACACGUGCACAUUCCGGGAACUAUGAAACUACAAAAGCAGGAGACUUCGCUACUUUUUUUUCUUUUUCAUCUUGGAAUUCUUACCUACCAGUAUCAUAACUAAAAUAAUUGUGAAGGUUCGUAAACGCGUCUGUAAGCGUUAUAGUGGCAGCGAGAGGGAGAGAGAGAGAGAGAGAGAGUGAGAAGGAAAAGAAAAUAGGAAACACGAGAUUUAUGUGUUUUUUUAAGGUUAUCUACACGUUUCUUGAUUGUUGACGUCAGUUGUUUAUGAUUCUAUUGUCAUUGAAUAUGCCUGUAUAAUGUGCCCCUAUUUGUACUAUAGUAUAAUGAACCUCGCCAGUUCACAGUCUUCACUACACGUGUAUACACAUCAACGAUCCGGUGUUCGCUGUGCCAAGGAUACAAAGCUUAAAUGUACGUAAGCAAGAACUGGAGCAGCGCCGCGAGGGAAAUACCUGAUGUUACUUUUAAUAUAUGCACACCAUAUUUAUAUGAUGAAUUAGUUGCGUGGACAGGCCAGGAAGAAGGAAGACACCGCGUGGCUGCUGAGGGCGCGGUGUCCCCUUGGCUCGAGGUCAUAUGUGUCUCAGCGGCGCGGAAGCGAAAUAUGAAAUAAGGUCUAUUAUGCAGCACUUUCCCACCCGUUUGACACGCUGCUGAAUGUUCUUCACUGCAAUACUAUGUUAUAAAGUAACAUUAUCUUACACAUAAAUAACUUUCGACAACGAAGAUUUCCUCAAAGCAAGAAGGCAGCUGAGAAAUAUAUUUGUCUCUAUUAAAGGGCGAUUGAGUCUCAAGUGACACACAAUUACUUGUUGAUGGUUCUUUUCGCUGGUUUACUGAAACGAUCGGUUCAUUCGUUAAGAUCAGACAAUUUGUCACCUAAAUUUUACCCCAAAGAUUCGCCGCUUGCACUUCCACGAACCGCCCCCGCACCUGCCCUGUCAAGCACACACACUCACACACACACACACACACACACACACACACACACACACACACACACACACACACACACACAUACACACACACACACACACACACACACGAGCAGCACGGCGGGCAGAGGGGGCGGCGCUCCACGGUCUACACGGACAUCCCGUGAUGGCUUCUCACUUAUGACCAAAUAAUAAACUCCAUUUUCUGCGAUACUUUUAGUUCAGCGCUAAGUAUUUUAGGUGAAAUGUGCAAAUGAGGACCUAUAUUCCAAUGUGUGUUUAAGUGAGGUAUGUUUAUACGAAGGAUAAACUACAAGUCACUUACUCAGUGGUUGAUCUCGCCCGUUCACGAGCUCGGCGCCGUGUCCGCCUCUCACCGUCCAGCGCGAGGAGUGUUUAUAUGUGCAUGAACUACACCCGUGGCUGGCGGGGACGCACCUCUUGUUUACCACACCCACGCCAUCAGGGCUACACCAAUCUGGCCUUUGGUUUGUUGCAGCGAAGUGUUCCGCUUCAAUGGUUUUUACUCCGCCGUCAGCCUGGCCCGGCGCCGCUUUGCCUCACAGCGAGCCGCCGGUGGGCAGUAAACAAGACGACGCGUGUCCACGCCAGCACGCGGCAGGUGUGACGUCAGCAGGAAUUCCAUGCCUUUGGUAGUGUUUCUACGAGGUUAUUUUAAUACUCGCGGUAAUGAUGACAAAGACUAACUAACCUUCGGAAAACACAUCCUCAAGCAGGAACUCGUUGGUUUCAUCCCAUUCGUCUCGUUAAAUCCGUAGUAGCCACGUAGGUCGCACUUCCGGUAUGUUGAUGUUUGUGAGUAGAAACACACUCGGGGCGAGGGGCUGCUGCCGGGGGGUCGAGGUGGGACGGCGUCCCGCCACCGCGGCACAUCAGCCUAAUGAAAGGUGGUGGUGAGCGGAGGUGAGUGUUGCCGCCGCGCCCGCCGCGCCCCGCCCGGCCCUCGCGCCCUGAGGACCACACGGUAGGUUGCAAGUCGUAUCGUGAUCCCAUAGAAGUAGAAGGUCGUUUAUGCAGACUUUUAAUACAUAACCUUUCAGACCGGUGAAACACUACUCAUUGUUAUAUCAAGCUAAGAGUUUAUAAAUAUAUCUAUAUACCAAGAGUUGACUUUGUUCUGUUAUCGAUAUAAGACAUGCUGGUGUUUCCUUUUCCAAGAUUCUGGACACCUGAAUCACAUACACAUAUAAUUGUCCUGACUGAAACAUAGCCAGCAGGUGAGGGGGCAGCCCUGAGGGUCAGGGCGAGCCACGACUCGUCACGCUGGGCUCAAUAUGCAUUUCUCAGCCUCCUCAGCACGGGACUGGCUCACUGGUUCCUCCUCCUCUGAAUCAGCCACGCUCUUCCCUCACCUGUGCUUCCCGACGGGUGCACGCAGGUGGACCUUCCUCCCAGCCACCGCACCUCCGAGGAAGGAUCUAGCGGACCAAUUAUAUUUAAAGUAAAAUUGUCACGCCUGCUUGUGUGGUUGUGUCCCUGAGGGAGGCUCGUGGGCAGGCUGGCGGCGGGUGGCAGUCAUCCAGGGAGGGGAGGCUACACCCCGGCGUGGCUGAGCUAGCUUUGGGGCACGGAGGGGGAUAGAAUGAAGGAAGAAAAGAUGCUCACUUAACACAGGGUGAAGUGAUGACAAGGCACGGUGGCUGACAUGACUCUGACGCCGCACAUGUAUCUUUGUCAUACACACACACACACACACACACACACACACACACACAUACACACAUCCAGCUCUCGUAGUAAGCAGUAAGCUCAGCCCAGACAAGCCAAGCUUAGCAGCGUUACGCAGCCCAUGAAAACCCUCCCUAGAGAUCACAGCCCCAGCCUCCCUCCCUCCACCCCUCCUUCCAUCUAUCCUGCACCCAACCACUCCACCCACCAGCUGCUCCACUUACUAACAUUUCUGUCAACACACACACACACACACACACACACACACACACACACACACACACACACACACACGAGGGUCUCACUAUGGUGUAUCAAGUGUUUGGUUUGUGCUCUGCGUGUGAUGUUUGUGCUUCAUUAAGAGCUCCCUGGCGUGUGUGGAUAGUGACUCGCCUCGCCUCGCUGCGUCGCCGAUCAGCCGGACACACGGACACACGGACGCAGUAUCCCACGCGGCCUCACACUCUAUUGAUCAUGUAAAAAUAACCCUCGGUGACCUGGUUUUAAUCCGACACACAAUUAUUUUUCGAACUAGAUAAAUGAAGCAGUUGUUUUAAUAAUAAUAGAAAAUUAAUAAUAAUAAUAAUAAUAGUGAUAAUAAUAAUAAUAAUAAUAAUAAUAAUAAUAAUAAUAAUAAUAAUAAAGCUCCUACAUUUUUUCUCACUUGAUGUUCGUUCGUUUGUCUAAACUUUCAAUUACCUAAAAAAUAUAAUUACAUCAAACGAAACACUGAAAGUUACGAAUCACAUUAUCUGGAGCAGCAAAGUGGACCUCCUCUUCUUCCUCCUGCUCCCCCACCCCCCCCAAGAGCGCGGCGGUACAGGCUCCCCAGCGAUGGCCUGCCGCGUGCCUCUCUGCCGCCUUGCCCGACCGUUUUGUCACGUUCAUUCUGUAACACAAUAAAUUAUGACCUUGA